ACAAGAAAAGUGGGGUUAUUGUAAAGCCCAAGCGAAUUGAAUACAAAGGAGGGCCUGCCCGGAGGAACACAAAUAAAUAAAGAAAGAGAAGAUGCUGGCAUCUUCCGGACUAGUAUCGACGGCGCCCUUGCAGUUGAGAAUUGCCGCUAGGCCUAGGCAUAGGCCUAUCAAAACCAGAAUCGUUGUUUCUCAGUCGAGAACAACAACAAUUGACGACCCUUCUUCUUAUUCCUCUUCCAUUUCCAUGGCUACUGCACCCAGGUGGGCUCAGAAAACCAUAACCCUUCCCCCUCAAACACGGGGAUGUCACCUUGUUACCUCUAAGAUUCUGAAAGAAAUUGGUCAAGAUUUAUCAGGAUUCAAAUGCGGCCUUGCUCAUCUUUUUCUGCAACAUACAAGUGCUUCUUUGACCAUAAAUGAAAAUUAUGACUCAGACGUUCGAGAUGACACUGAAACAUUUUUGAGCAGGAUUGUUCCAGAGGGAGUAUCUGCACCUUGGAAACAUACACUGGAAGGUCCCGAUGACAUGCCUGCUCACAUUAAGUCAUCAAUGUUUGGCUGUACCCUCAUGAUACCAAUAUCUGAUGGAAAGCUAAACAUGGGAACUUGGCAGGGAAUAUGGCUGUGUGAGCAUCGGGAUGAAGCUACCCCACGCAGAAUAGUUAUCACCCUUAAUGGUAUAUGAGGUGCAGAUGCCAGAGGACACUAGUACAGCAUGCUCCGCAAUUAGUGUGCAAUGUUAUUUUCUAUAAUAAAUUAAUAAUUUAACUAUGUUCAACAUAUUGUGCCUGGACAUUAAUGCUCUAUUUGCUUUGACUCCAAGGUUUGUUAUCUCUGACUGUUGCAACACUGAAUAUGACAAUGGGGCUAUGAAAGGUUUGGUGCUACUUACUAGCACGGAAUAGCAAACAUAAUUUACUCAAGCCAAUAAAGAAUGUCGAUAUAAAAUAUUGUUUGCGCCUGCUA